AGUAUGACUGUAUCAACCGAAAAGGUGGCCACCACCACCACCACCAUUCCCGAUAAACGCAUCCCCUCACUCCUCAACCCCCUCCACCUCCUCAAAACCCUCUACCUCUUCACCGAAAGCGACUUCCUCACCUUCGUCAUCCCCAACACCCUCUUCGGAAUCUUCUCCGCCCUCCGCGGCGCCCCCCUCACCCCCACCCCCAUCCCCCCCUUGACCCUCCUGCACCGCCUCCCCUUGAUCCUCCUCUGGAACUGGCUCAACCUAUUGAUCUUCGACCUCGCCAACCAACGCCACCCCACCUCCCUCCUCGAAGACACCAUCAACAAACCCUGGCGCCCUCUGCCCUCCGGCCUCAUCACCAUCCCCCAAACCCGGCGUCUCCUCCUCCUCGCCCUCCCCCUCAUCCUCCUCCUCAACUUCACCCUCCUCGGCCCCUGGCAAGAAACAUGUCUCCUCUACAUCCUCACCUGGAUCUACAACGACCUCGGCGCAGGCGACCACGACGGCCCCAUCAUCCGAAACCUAGUGAUCGCGUGCGCCUUCUCCCAAUACAAUAAAGGGUCCCUCCGCAUGGCGACCCUCGCCCCCUCAUACCCCGUCCCAAUCACCACCUGGUCCUGGCUAGCCAUUACCUCCGCCGUCAUCGGCACAACCAUGCACGUCCAAGAUCUGAAAGAUCAAGACGGCGAUCGGGCCAAGAAUCGCCAGACCGCGCCGUUGGUGUGGGGGGAUAGUGUGGCGCGGUGGACCAUUGCCGUGCCUGUGGGUGUGUGGUCGCUCGUGUGUCCGUGGUUUUGGGG